AUGGCCAAUGACGAUGUAUUGAAAAUCCAUGACAAGACGGUGCAAGUUGUCCCUCAAAACAAACUAUUCACAUUUGACCAUGUAUUUGGCACUACGAGUACUCAGAGCGAAAUCUUUUCAACAUUGGGAGACAAUUUAAUUCGAAAAUUCAUUGAAGGUUAUAACAUCACAAUUCUCGCCUAUGGCCAAACAUCUUCUGGAAAGACGUACACCAUGGGCACAGCAGCCAAUGGCAAUAGCCUGAAUUCAGUAGACGAAGGCAUUGUUCCUAGAUCCAUGGCACUCCUUUUCGACUUACUACACAACAACAACAACGAUACCUCGAACAGACCCAUUUCACCCACACCAUCGAUAUCAUCAUCUACAUCUACAUCCAACAAGAGUGGCAGUCGACUCAGACCCAAGUCGAGGAUCGCCAAUCGUAGUAGCCAUAUACCACAUGUUAGUAACAAUAGCAACAACAAUAACCCGCAUAAAACCAAGUUUACGGUCAAAGUCUCUUUCAUUGAAAUCUACAAUGAAGACCUACAUGAUUUGCUUAAUUCUGCUCCGAUCGACGAAUUACCCCCUAUUACCAUCCGUGAAGAUACUAAAGGUCGAAUCUACUGGACUGGCGUAAAGGAAGUAUCUGUGCAUAACACGGAUGAUGUAUUAUAUUAUCUCGAGCAAGGUACCCAAAACAGAGCAACUGGUGCAACAGACAUGAAUGAGAAAUCGUCCCGAUCUCAUGCCAUUUUUUCAGUAUCACUGAAGCAAGAGAAAUGGAUCCCUUCAACUACCACCAGUGCAGGCGACGGCAAUAAAAAGGCACGCCCUACCAGUUCCAUGAGCAUGCGGUCCGCGACACCCAUGUCUAAUUCACGAUUAUUCAAUGCAGCGAAUAGCAAUCAGCAGCCUGAAGAUGGUGAAUGGCUGAUUACAACAUCCAAAUUCCACUUUGUUGAUUUAGCAGGCAGUGAAAGACUGAAAAGAACUGCAGCAGAAGGCGAUCGUCGUAAGGAAGGCAUUAAUAUUAAUGCAGGCUUGCUUGCAUUGGGCAACGUUAUUUCCGCAUUGGGAGAUCCUUCGAAAAAGAAUGUGCAUGUACCUUAUCGAGAUUCCAAAUUGACUCGCUUACUGCAAGAUUCAUUAGGCGGCAGUGCGACGACACUGAUGAUUGCGUGUGCUAGUCCUGUGGAGUACAACUUGGCAGAAACACUCAACACAUUGCAAUACGCCAACCGAGCUCGAAACAUCAAAAACAGAUCUGAAAAGAACCAAGUGGAGGAAUGGAUGACUACAGAGAACAUUGAGCUGUUGCGAACCAUGAUUGGCAAACUGAAAAACGAGCUGAACUACCUCAAAGUGCAUAGCGGUAGUAAAUCAAGCAACACUGCUCACCCACAGCACUUAUCUGUCACUGGUACGGGCAACGAGGACAUGCUAGACGAUCUCUCCAGUACGUCAUCUUCCAUCACAUCACCAUCACUGGAAGACACAUACCAUGAACAACGGUUGCUGAUUUCCGAUUUGCAGCGGCAAUUGGAAGAGCUGGAUGGUGAAGCAUCUGUCACUCGCGAACGCAAUCGUAUCGUCGAGAAGGAAUUACAGCGCAUUCGAUUACUAGAGUCCAUGACACGAUCCAACAACAACAGCAACAAAGAGGAGCAAGUUGACUUCCAGCAUCUCGUGGAGCCUGUGAUUGAAGAAUACGAAAAGAGUGUAGCCAAGCUCGAAUCCCAAUUAGCGCUCACCCGAGCUGCCCUCAACCACGCUGAUAUGGGGUACGAGGAACAACAAACCAAGAUUGGUCAAUUGGAAGGUUUGCUUCGUACGCAGGAACAGACCAUCAGUGAGCUGCGCCUACGUCUUGGCAAAAUAUUGGAGCGAGAACAAAACAACGAGAGUUACAUUCAUGAGCUAGAGUCCAAACUUAUGAAAUCUGCCAAUGAAACGACCAAAGACCAGGAAAUGCUCAACGAACUCAAAAAUCGCAUCAUGAAGUUCAAAGAAACGGAUGAAAACACAGAGCAGUACAUUCUUAAUCUUGAGCAAAGACUGGCAGCUGGGGACGCAGAGCGUGCUCGUCUGCAAACAUCUGUGGAGGAUCUUGAAGCCAAAAUCGAAGCUAAAGAGCGCACCAAUGUCGAACUGUUGAAGCGAUUAUCAAAAACAAUAUCUAAUACCAGCACGGAAAAGUUGAUUUUGAAGGAACUGGAUGCAGUGAAUGCCAAAUACAAAGAGUUGGAAGGCGAAAGAGACUCGCUGCAGUUGCAAAUUAGCCAACUGCAAAAAGAGGAUCGUCGCAUUAGCAGCCAUAGUUUAGCUGAAUCCAGGAACAACGAACAUCUGAAUUCCAAUGAUUCUUUGCAAGACGAACUGGACAGCAGACGACUAUCCAACUCGUCCGCUUCCAACAACAAUGGCAAACUGUUCAAGAAUCGCAAGAGUUUUGCAGACGAAACAGAAACAGCAUCGUCAGUCGCUGCCUUGAACUUACUACAAGCUGAGAUACGACUCAAGGAGGAAACGGAGAGAGCUAACCAUUUGCAAUUGACAAUAGACCGUUUGCAGUACGACCACGCUGAAACUGCCAAGGAGCUGGAUGAAGUUUUACAACGCUAUCACGAGACAUUGGAGCAACUGGACUUCUUGGAGCGAGAAUCCUCGUCCACCACUGCACACACUGCUGAGAAGCUGCCUGGAGGUGCCCCUGCGUCGUUGGAUUUGAGCAAGGAAAUUGCACAGGCAAAAGAAGAUGAACACGAGCAAGAAAAGAAGCAUUUCGCAAACCAGAUUCAAGAUCUUCAGCACCGCAUUCAAUUACUAAACAACAAACUGGCUAUCAAGGACUCUGAGCUAGACAUUGCGCAAGACCGUGCUCAAAAAUUGGAGCAAGAAUUAGUGGUGGCCAACAAGCAAAUUGAUAUUCUUCGACAAUUGCAAUCAGAACAUAACGCAGCCGAAGAAGUGGAGCAUAUCCUUGACAAUUUGCAUAACCAGCCUUCCGAGCAAAGCCAUAUCGAUGAUGAGUCAAUCGAGACUUUAAAGGCUUUGCUCGUCUCCGAAAAGAAGCAAUCCUCUCAUUGGAAGUUGGCCCAUACUGAAUUGCAACAAGACAUGGAGAAAUUAGCGCUUGAUUUAGACGGCAAAGAGCAAUAUAUAUUUCAACUCAAGGAAGACCAAAUCGAUAAAUCCGAACUGAGAUCUCAGCUGGAUGAAUCCAACCAGCAGGCCAUAUCGCUCCAAAAACGCUUGGCAGAGACAUUGGCUUCUCUUACAGUACUGAAGAUCUCGCAUGAUAGUCUACAAAAGAAGCUACAGCAAUUGACAGAAAAGGAUCAACCCGUUAAAGACCAACAAAAGACAUCUGUUGCCGCCAACGACGAUACGAUUGCUACGCUUGAAAAGGAGCUGUCCAGACACGCACAAGAGAAAUCCGAUUUGUUGGAUAAACAUCAGUCUGAGCUGGCAGUUGUUCAUCACAGCAUGGAGACCAAGAUCAAUGAAAUCAAUGCACUUCUCAAGGAAACCACACUAGACAAGAACAACGCAUUGCAGAGACUGCUAGCAUUGGAACAGGAACUCAAAGAUCAAGCCGAAAGUGCUCAAAACAGCAACUACUUGGAGCAAGAAAAAAUACUAGAAUCUCACAAUGCGCAUAUCCUGCAACUCACACAGCAAUUUGACGUCUCCAGCAACGAACUCAAAGCGCAGAUCACUUCAUUGCAGCAAGAACUCGAUAGUUCCAAGGCAGAACAUCGACAUUUGGUUGAGAAACACGAUGCAGAAAUCGCAGAAUUAACAGAAAAUUUUGAAAAGGAUUCACAGCAGCUACUGAACCGCAUAUCAGAAGUGGAGCGGGAGCUGGAGAAGAACAAAAUUGUCCAAGAACAAUUACUAGCGGAUCAUGAUGAGGAGGUGAUGGAGCUAUCCAAGAAUUUCGAAAGUGCUACGCGCGAGUUGGAAGAGCAAAUCUCAGUGCUGGAGAGUGAAUUAGAGACAUCAAAGGAUUUGCAUGAAGAGAUUCUGUCAAGCCAUCAUCAACGAUUGCGAGAAAUGAAACUGGAACAUGCUGAGACUACACAAAAUCAGAUUGAACAGCUACAAGCCGAGUUGGAGACGUUGAAAUCAUCGCAGCAAGGCAUUUUAGAGACACACGCUAACAAUGUCAGAGACAUGAGAACGCAACAUGAGCAGCUGGUCUGCAGUUUAGAAAUGCAAAUUAACGCAUUGCAAUCCGAGAUGGAGCAAGUGAGCAAAACACACACAGAUCAGUUGAAGGACGCGUAUGCUCAACACGAAAAGCGUCUUGGUGAUACAGCGAACCAUGGACAAAGUCUACUACAACAAGCACAGAUUGAACUAGAUGCCCAGAAAGCUGAGAAUCUUCGACUGACUGCAUUUUUGAAAGAACAGGAGCAAGCAUCUUCCGCAAUGUUAGAAACCAUGCAAGCAUUGAAGAGGGAACACCAAGACCGACUCAACGCCAUCAAUGAACAGCACAAGUAUAGCUUGGAUCAGGAGAUUCAGCAUGGUCGCGACUUGAUAAAACAAAUACAAGCAGAGCUAGAUACACACAAGGGUGAGAAUGAGAAGCUCUCCACCGUUUUGAAAGAGCAAGCGCAUUCGUUGCAAGCCCUGGAAGAGUUGAAGAAAUCUCAUAGUGACAAACUAUCACUUGUUCAAUCUGAGCACAAGGAGCUUUUGGAUCAACAAAUCCAACUCGUCAAUCACUUGCAAACUAAGCUGGAGCAUUAUAAAUCAGAAAACGCACAGCUGUCUAUUACACUCAAAGAGCAGCAACAGGCUUCAAAAGAUGAGUUGUUUGCGUUACAAUCCAGAUUGGUCAACUUACCGCCACCAGUAUCUCCCACAUCACCACUUCCACAACAGCAACAGCAACAGCAACAGCAACAGCAACAGCAACAGCGGCAACAACCAGAGAUGGCGCCUGUACCUAAAAGCAACAACAGCGAUCGUGUAUCUACAAGGAUUGCUCUUCUGGAAUCGCAACUUGCAACUGCACAGACCGCGCACACAACACCUCUCAAGAACCAAGUAUCUGCUUUGCAAACUCAACUUGAUAAUGAAAUUAACAAGAACAAAGACCUUGUGUCCAAAUUAGCCACACUAGAAACAUCAUUGAAUGCCAAGCACCAAGAAUUGUUGGCUGAGCUAGAAGCACAACAUCAAAAGGAGAUAUCAGAUACCGUAGAGGCAGCACUUGAAAAGCAAAAGCAGGAAUUAGCCAGUACGGCAGCGGCACAUGACACAAAUGAUGAGUUAUCACUGCAGUUGGCGUCUUUGAAUGCAACAAAUAAUCAUGUCGAUGGUAAUAAGCACGUCUCGCAACAGCAACCAGAAGACGGAGCAGGAGAACAGCUGAUGGACACAAACAACGAUCAAAGCACAAACACAACAACAAUUAAGGAACUGACUCAGGAACUUGAGAUUUUACGCACAAGUUAUUCUAAAAAAGAAGAUCAAAUGCAGCAACUACGGGAAGAAAACUCGGAAUACACUCUUUUGUCAACAGAGCUGGAGAAAGAAAUCAACAGAAUGACACAUGAAAUUGAAGACUUACAAUUUAGUGAAGAGCUAGUACAUCAGCUAUUGCAAUUAUACGAUUUGAGUGACCAACAUCAACUGAUGGAUACUGUCUUGGAGGAACGAAAGCGAUCUGCCAUGUCUAUACAACAAGCAAAUCAAGCUAAAGCGGAUGCCGAAGCUAAAGCUAAACAGGUGGCGCAAGAGAUGGCACGAGCGGCAACUGCGGCAGCGACGGCAUCGACGGAAGCAAGUAAAGCGACGCAAGCUCAAUCAUCUGACACUAAUAAUGACAAUAUUGACGGAUCGGGAGCCAUUUCACAACAACAAGGCCCCUCCUCCAUAUCUUCUUCCUCUACCAAGAAAAUGCAACAGGAAUUAGAGAAAUGCCGUCAGCAAAUCAAAGAAAUGGCCAGUCGACAAGAGAUGUUGGAUUUGCAGGAUAAACUGACCGAAGAAAAGAAAAAGUAUGAACAAUCUGAACGUGCUAGAAAGAAGUUGGAAAAGCAGUUGGAGGAACUUUUAUCGAAAAAGUCAUCCUUCAUGUGUUUUUAA